GCCUGACCCAGAGGCAGCGGUUACAUCGGAGCGCAAGUGGAGGUCUGUCGCUCGUUAAGAGGGAACGAAAUAUAAGAUUUGUGGACACCUUCUUGGGUCACCUGCGGUCGUUCAAUCUUCCUGUCGCUUCCUUGUUUGCUCAAGCGUUUCCUCGUCCGCUUCACAUCCUUCUAUCCUCGACAUACCAAAUGGAGAGCCCUCGUCAGUCCGAUGCAAGCACUCCGGUGGAGACUGGUUCCCCCGGGUGCGUGGACACUCCGGCCACCCAAUCCUCUGUGCUGUUCGAUGGCAACCUGGAAGAGUUGCUGCGCAACUUGCCCCUCGAUCAGUACAUUCUCGUUACAGGGGGCCUCGGGUUCAUCGGCAGUCACACAACAUUGGAGCUACUCAAGGCCAAUUAUAAUGUAAUUGUGAUCGACAACCUCAGCAACUCCUUUCAGACCGUCUUUGACCGCAUCAAGCAACUUGCGGCCAAGCAUCAUGAGCAGCAAGGAACCCGCAUGCCUUUGUUGCAGCUGCACGCCCAUGACUACCGGGAUACGGUGGCUCUUCGAGGCCUUCUGGAACAGUAUCAGAUCCAAUCCCGGUGGGGAACCCCCAAAUCCAAGAUUGGCGGUGUCAUUCACUUUGCGGCUUAUAAGGCCGUGGAGGAGAGUAUCAAGAACCCUUUGAAAUACUACGCAAACAACGUUAGUGGUCUCAUCGACUUUGCCACCACUCUGGGAGAGUUUGGCAUCAAGACAUUCAUCUUCUCGUCUUCCGCCACUGUGUACGGAACGUUGGCUACCUCCGGCCUCCCGUUGAAGGAAGAGCUCUGUGUCCACAAGGAAGAAACCUUCAAGGACCACACCGGCCAGGAGACGGCCGUCAAGCCGGGCUGCACAGGUAUCACCAACCCGUAUGGGCGCACCAAGUGGAUCUGUGAAGCCAUAUUAGCGGACCUGGCGGCCUCCGACCCGGAGUGGACGAUUGUAGCUCUACGGUACUUCAACCCUAUCGGAUGUGACGAGUCUGGUCUCCUGGGUGAGGACCCCAGACAGACACCCACGAACCUUCUUCCGGUGGUCGUCAAGGUCAUGACCGGGCAGUACAAGGAGCUGCAAAUGUUUGGCACGGACUGGGACACCGAAGACGGCACGGCCGUCCGUGACUUCAUCCACGUCACCGAUCUUGCCCGGGGACACAUUGCUGCGCUCAACACCGCCAACGGUGGGAAGCUGGUCGAGAACUUCCGGACCUUUAAUCUGGGAACGGGACGAGGCCACUCGGUGAUGGAGGUGGUCAACACCAUGGAGGCAGUAUCUUCCAAGCCGAUUCCCCGAAAGGCAGCCGGUCGCCGCGCUGGCGAUGUUGGAUCAUGUGUUGCCGUCGCCUCGAGAUCGUCCGACGAGCUUGAGUGGAAGACUGAAAAGACGUUGAAGGAUGCUUGCAUGAGCCUGUGUAAUUUCCUUAGUGUCAGCGGCCUCUCUUCCUGAAUUGCGAUUGUUUUUGGUCAUAUUGGCGCAUGGUGGAUAUAUUUCUUGUUUUGUUUUAAAACAGCCCCUAAUCCGGCCCUGUCUUGAUGUUUAUGCCUUUAUAUCCAUGUCUUGGUUGAAUCUGGGAUAUUGGCAGCUCAUAGUACCCUUUUUGCAUGAUAGAGUCGAUUCCCAAGAUACGUCCAUAAUGCAGUUGUAUAGUUGAUAAGUCUCGCGAUGUGUAGAGGUAGUGUUUAUGA